CGUUCGCCAAGCCCUUUAUUACAGUAGUGAAACGAGGAGGAGAGGAAUGCGUUCGCUAUACACCCAUGUUUACUUAGCGCUCAACGUCACAUAUAGACACGUAGAGUUCGAAGGUAAAGAGCAGAACUUCGUCGUCGUCACAUGUCUGCAUCUGGACGACCACUGAAUCAUGGAACAAAGUUGAAAAGGAGAUGAUGAUGAUCACGUGGACUGGCUACACUCUGUUGUUUCACUUGCACAAAACAAAAGCAACACGGGAGCUGAUGGAAUGUCUUUGGAGAUGGUAGGAGUGAUCAUAAGUGGCUGAGAAGAGUGUCAAGACAGUGGUUCCAAGAAGUCCAAAGGGCAAAGCAUAAAGUGCUUCCACAGGGUAGACAAAGAGAGCAGCAGGAGAACUGGUGUGAAAACGAGUUGUCUUUCAGAACAAGCAAGAACCAAACAGAAGCAAAGGAUGACCACAGUGCAUCUGCAGCCCCCUGCAGUUGCUCUUUUUUGAUCUAGGACCACCUCCACCUCACCUUUUGCCUUUCGCUUCCAUCAGAAGGGCGAGGCCCUGCACAAAGAGAGCAGCUUGAGAACCAGUCUACCAGGAUCGGUGAAACUAGUGUCAGACUUCAGACUUGCAGUUUUACAGAAAGAGCUGUGCAGUUUCUGAUUCUGCAGCUAGAGGUCACACUGAAGCAUGUGCCCUCCAUCCUGAUCAGAUAAAAGUUGAAGUGAAUGGGAAAAGAGUGACCCUCUCCAUAGAAUCUGAACUUCAUCCUAGUGAGAAGGCCUACCGUGAUGAUCAGAGAAGAGAGAACUCAACAGGUUAAAUGGCAUGUACCACAAACCUGUCCACUGGCAUACCAAGUAUAGCUGGAACAGGUCAGAAGUCAACUGGUUAUCUUUCAGUCAAAAAAGAAUAUCCCACAGAACCCUCUGUGAGGGAAGUAGUAGUCUCACAUUCUGAACAAACCUGACAGGGUUUUCAAGAGACAAUACAGGAAGAGCCAUUCCAAGGCACUGCAACUGUCAUACUGAGAGAGCCUCUCAUCUGUGAGUCAUUGAGGGAAUGUUCUCUAGCCGGUUUAUAGGCUCGGUCCGUAGUGACUGACCGCAGACACUCCCUGUUCUUUUUCAUUCUAUGGAAAGUCUAAAGUUUCAAAAUCACUCUUAACAAUCCUAAAUCUACGACAAUCCUAGUCUUCAGUUCAUAUAAUCUAAGUUGUAUUACAACACUAGCGUCUCUCCGCCCACAGAGGGAUGACACAACCCAGUCUAACUUACAUGACCUCUUAAAUACUUGGAGAACAAUGUUGCCAUCAUCACUCAUCACAGUUCUUGCCCCACACUGGACUGGUCGUUUUAGGAGAUACAAGCGAGAUGUUGAGAAGCAGGAUGCUGGACAGCAAGUCAACGAGAGGGACAAAGCAGCCAGACUAGAAGCUAAUAGUAAUGAAAAUGAAAACAAGCAACACCAGAUCACAGUCAACAGAGACAUGCGGUCACAGAAGUUUAUGGCAAACCCAACUGAGCAAGUGCAAGACAGGGGUUUGCUUUAUGAAUCUGGCCCUCAGGAGAAACCCACUAGUAGUGGACAGAGUAAAGCGGGUUGGCUGCAUGAGAGCAGUCUUUCCAGUUGGACACCCCACACUGCAGCUACCAGCUUGCUGUCCACAUCAAUCUCUUCAGACACCAGCAGAGUUAAGCUGGACAACAGAAAGAAGGUCACAGCUGAUACCAUCACCUCACCAGUACAUUCAAGCACAGCCCAUUCUGGUUCACUGGAUUUCUGUUACUACAGGAGAACAUCAUUGGUGAAGCCCCAGAACCCUCCGCAGGCCCAAGUUAGUAAAAGCUCUUCCCCAAGUAGUCGUCUUCUGUCCCUGCGGAGGGUGAGUGUUCUUCAUGGGAACAAUGAAACACACUCACCCUGUGCCUCAACCCUUUUCUCUGAGACCCAAUCCAGCAGCACUGCACUAACGCCCACAGAACCAAAAGGCCCCAAAAGCUCCAGCUGCAUUAGAGAUUGUCGGCUGCAGUGUGGCCAUGUAGAAGAAUCUCCUCUGUUGUACUGUCUAAAUAACCAGUCUCUCCCACUUGCAACCAGCCUAAACCCUUCAUUCUUGAAGGAAAACGCCCAGCUGGAUGACACAGCCCUCACCAGCAAGGAAAGUAGUCUUCUAGGGCACACUGGUUUCUGUCCUGUUCUCUCUGGUUUGAAUCACAAUGUCAACCAUGCCAUCACAAACAACUCAAACAAUGACAUUAGUUCUGUCAGCACAAGACAUAACUACGGUGGUUUUAGUAGAUCUACUAACCAUGCACUACAAGUGCCCGAUACCUAUUCAAGCUACAUUUUAACAAGCUCCCCUACUAAUAAUAGUUUCGGCUCUCAGAAUUCCCUUAACACACCAACCAGCCUAAGCAAUUUUAGCAGGAUCACCCCAAUCUAUCAGCCAUUUGCACCUGUGCAAACAUGGGGUCGGAAGGAAAGGGCACUUAGCACUUCUGUUUCUCCACUCAGAAGGGAGAGUUACUCUUUUGAAGGGACUGACCCAACCCAUGCAUGCAAUGAGUCUUUGGUUAAUUGCUCCUCAACUGCACAAAAUAACAAAUUUCAAAAAUCUUCUAGUCCAACUUCACUGCCUAGUUUCACAUCACAAAGACAGUCUCCCCGCACUGUUUACAGUUCAAUAAUUGAUAGUUCAAUGGUAAUGAGUAGUCCAGUGUUGUCUACAAAGUCACCCCAGAGAAUGGACAAUGCAAGAAUUCAGAAUGAAAAUCCACUUCUUAAAUCUUCAGGGAAAGCAUCUCACAGUCUGGAAAGUCCAGAUACAAACUUUCAAAGGUCGGAGAGAUCACCUAGUUCCACUGCACCAAUGACAUCAGCCAAGAACAUUCAGAUUACAACCCCCAAUACUGGAGAUGUUUCAUCUACUGACAGUAUGAGUCUGCUGAAUUGUCCUGUGGUCCAAACGAGACCUGUUCACAGUGUUGAUGCUCCCAUGACCUACUCAUCCUUGAGAUGUUCUAGUCCAUCAAAGGCAAUCCCUCCAAUCCAGAUGUCAAUCAGUCCUGACUUGCAGGAUGAAAAAAUUCAUGUAUCUUCAUCACUGCCUUCUCCAGAAGGACGACUGAGGUCCUGGAGGCAGCACUACUUCCAUGGAAAAAAACAGGUCUGGUUCCCAGCUGACUUUAAUGAGGAGCAAGACACAAAGAUAUUCCACAUGUUGUCAUCAACACCUUCUGAUUCCACGAGAACACCCUACAGCAGCAAACCACUGACUCCAACUCAAUUUCUUGAACAACAGCACAGUCAAAAGUCGCUUGACAAUGAGUCAAAACCUGUUCCUAUGGACAGUACAGGGCACAGCAGCACCAGAUUCCAACCAAAUUCAUUCCUGACCAACUCAAGGAAUAAGUCAUUCCCAGAAGGGAUGGAGAAGCUCAGUGCACAAGAGAACCCAUUUACUGUGCCCCAAAGGCAGAUGGCCACAGAGGGCAAGAAAUAUGUACCAUGGAAAACUGCUAAAAGUAAUUCCUUGAUUGCUGAUUUGUCCAGGUGGCCUUCCCAGCAGCAGACGAGCGAUUUAAAUUCUCCUGAGACCAAAGGGACUAAAGGCCUCUCAAGCCGUAACUGUGAAAGCACAACAACUGUACUAAGUGCUGACACCAUAAACAACUUUAUCCAGUUAUGUGACAGCAACCCAGUUCUUCAAGCCACGGAAAGCAGUACAGUGAUUAGCUUAGAUGUACUCAGGUCUCCAUCUGCUACAUCCCAUGUCAAAAGUCAAGAAAUAACAGAAAAGGUAUCAGCAAAAGACUACUGCCCAGUGGUAGAAAGUCCGGUGGUGUGUUUACAGGACCACAAUUUAAAAAGGAGCCUCUCAACAAUUAAGAGUACUAAGGACCAGAGUAGUUUAUUCUCUUCUGUUGUGACUACAAAACCACCUACUCUCUAUUCCAAAACUACAACAGCAGGCUCUGCAGGAAACAAAAGCGGAAGUAAGGUUGAUGUGUUUCUAAACCGCAUCAGAAUGACUUUCAGUUCCAAAUGGAGUGAAGAAGAUGUUUUGAGAUCAAGGAAGAAGAGCAAAAGAGAGGCACCAUUCUCCCAUAGCAGAAGAAGUGGUGUUGCUAUGAGCGAUGACACACCAUAUGUUAAUCCUUCAGACUAUGAAAACAAGACUGAAAGUAAUUUUAAUGACCUUCAAUAUAGCCAUGCUCAAAUGUUAUGCCCAACUGCAAAAAACCCUCAGCCAGAAAGUAUGCCUUUUGAGGCUCAUAACUUGGACAGUGGUUUGCACAAUCGGACUGAUGCAAAUGGAAACCACUCUGAGCUAAGGAGCGAAUGGAUACCUGUAAAACAACAGAGUUUCUCUUCUGACCAUUACAGCAUUAGUACAGGACCAAGGAAGUCCUCCAUCAGUACAAGUCAGUUUCAUUUUGACCUUGAUUUAGAAGAUGAAGAUAGUGAAAAUGUCUUCUACUGUAAAGGGAGUCUAGAAAGGCAGUCCAAGAAGAACAUAGCAGAUAUUGGUCAGAUCUCUGUAAGCAGGCAGCUUUCUGAGGAUGACUAUAUCAGGAAGCUGUCCCAGUCCAGGAGUUGUAAUAGCACUCACCAUGAGGGCCAAUUAUACUCUUCAUCUUCCUCUGACUUUAGUCUCAAGGGUGGGCGCUCUUUUUCUGUGAGUAGUGUUCAUGCAAGCCGCCCUUCAGGAUCUGCUCGCAUGGCCAUUAUUCCCAGAAUGACUAGUGUUGACAACCUUGCAGAUGUGUGCAUCCUUGGAGAUACAUUGGGACAACGAUCCAGAGUGCUGUCCUGCAGCCUAGACCAAACGGCUUCCAGGAAUUGCAGCUGGGACUUGGUAACCACAGACCACUUUUGGUCUCGUCAGAGCCUCAAGAGUUUUUGCUCCCUUCAAGAUGAGGAACUGUCACCCCCACCUUCUCCGUUUUACUCACCUCGACCAGUUUCCAGGCCACCCAGCUUCUCACCUGUAGGCAGCUUGAUGUCACAGGACAGCCUGUCCCCUCGGGGUCGCUUGCCUUCUAAAGGCUACAAAUCUAGCCUUUCAGCCUUUGAAGAGUCUGACUCAGAUACUACUACAGAUGACGAGUACUACCUGGGCACUGACAAAGGUGAGAGAGAAACAGAACUGUAGAGCGAGUUUAAUACAAGCUUCUGUUGUUUCAUGGAGCUCAUGCAUUUCAGUUCCUACUUGUGUAGCCUCUAAGCAUUAUGCUGUAAUUAGACGAGAGUUUGUAAUGUAAAAUAUAUAUGUGAAUGAAAGAUUUACGUUAAUAUUUUACUUGGAUAGUGUUUUUGAGUGUUUUAAUAUACAAAGCAUGGAAUGUGUGGAUGAGCCGGAGAACAAUGACAUCAACAAAGCAUACUGUAAUUAUCACAGAAUCACCACAUUAAAUGUGCUCAUUAUUGUAGUGUUUUUUCAAAAGGUUUUCAGGUUCCUUUGUGGUGGUGUUUUUGCUUGGUAGUUUCAGUCUUGAAGUUUACAUCUUUAUUUCCACUCUAAAUGUGCAGCAUUUCCACAGCUCCUGGUAUCUAACAUUAAAUUAUUCUCAAAAGAGGGCUAUACUUAUUUAACCUGUUUAAAGCACUUAGAUGGUCAGGCUGUUAUGCCAGUCUUUGUUCUUUUUUUGACUUGUCUUUUAUAAAAUUCAUUUGCAGUAUUUUCAUUUGUGUUUCAGCUUUGUUUGCAUAUUUCAUGUUUUAUUUACUUUGAAUACUCACGAUUCCAACUUAGAAUGCACAACAGUCUUGCUGAAAAGCAAUUAAGAAUCACACGUUUGCAUCUCAGUCUCUCUUCCUGCUAUGGUUAUGCACACAUUGUAUUUUGUAUGACAUGUACAUCGCGUUGGAGAAUAGCGUCUGCUAAAUGAAUAAAUGUAAAUGCAAAUUGUGACUAUAUGAAGCGUGUAUGUUUAAAUUGUGAUUUAAAGCCUUUUUAUUAACAUUGGUAUUGUUUCCGGUUAAAAGUAGAAAAGAACGUGCUAUCCUGUUGGAUAAUCUUAAAUGUUUCCACUAAUCUGUGUACUUUAAGAUACCACUUAAUUACAUACACCUUGCUAACAUCUUGUCAGACAGUAAACAGAAUUGCCUGUCACUCGGCAAGGGUUUACUUGUACAGUAUUUGCUCAAGUGGGUGGAAUGUAGAUCAUUUUUCUGUCUGCCUGUCUGGCUACUCACUGCUGUUCAUUCCACGCAUUGUUGCCCUUCCCACGUUAAAGGAAUCUGACAUUAAACAUGGUUUUAAUGAAAACAUCAGAGAAUUUUACAAAUUAUUUAUAUUGCAUUUUCAGUGAUGUUGAUAAUUAGUUUGCC